AGGGGUUUUCCACUUAACCAUUUCGGGUAGACUAAUUAUUACUAAAUAAACUCUCACCGCGGGGUCUGAUCCCUGGAAGCUCGUAGGCAGCAACCGGCAGGCAAGGGGGUUUUCCUUGACCAUCAUCCAAACCGCGGACGGCAGAGGAAAGCUCUCCAUCGCAUCCAUCAUUUAUUUGAUUGUUGGUUCUCCCUUUGAAAUUACACAUACACGAUCGGAUUGAAUAAUACUACCCCCGGUAUUACGAUUGGAGAUAUGGCGGCACAAAGGAGCAUGGGAUCACUCAAGGAACCUGAUCUCAAGGGGAAGAGGGUUUUUGUAAGGGUGGAUCUCAACGUUCCUUUGGAUGACAAUUUCAACAUCACCGACGACGCCAGAAUCCGCGCCGCCGUCCCCACCAUUAAUUACUUGAUCGCCUACGGUGCUAAAGUUAUCCUCGCUUCUCACCUCGGAUGCCCAAAAGGUGUCACCCCAAAGUACAGCUUGAAGCCCCUUGUUCCUAGACUCUCUGAACUCCUUGGGGUUGAGGUCAAGAUGGCAAAUGAUUGUAUUGGUGAAGAAGUUGAGAAAUUAGUGGCUUCCUUGCCAGAAGGAGGUGUUUUGCUCCUGGAGAAUGUCCGGUUUUACAAAGAAGAGGAUAAGAAUGAUCCUGAAUUUGCAAAGAAGUUGGCUUCUCUUGCAGACUUGUAUGUUAAUGAUGUUUCUGGAACUGCACAUAGAGCCCAUGCUUCCACCGAAGGAGUAGCCAAAUAUUUGAAGCCCGUUGUUUCUGGAUUUCUGAUGCAGAAGGAGCUUGAUUAUCUCGUUGGAGCUGUGGCAAAUCCCAAGAAACCAUUUGCUGCAAUUCUUGGUGGUUCAAAGUUCUCAACUAAGAUUAGUGUGAUCGAGUCGCUGUUAGAUAAGGUUGACAUCCUUUUACUGGGUGGUGGAAUGAUCUUUACAUUCUAUAAGGCCCAAGGGCACUCUGUUGGAUCCUCACUUGUGGAGGAGGACAUGCUUGAUCUUGCCCUAUCAUUCAUCGAGAAGGCUAAGGCCAAGGGAGUUUCCCUGUUGCUUCCCACUGAUGUAGUUGUGGCUGACAAGUUUGCUGCUGAUGCAAACAGCAAGGUUGUUGCAGCUUCUAGAAUUCCUGAUGGUUGGAUGGGGUUGGAUAUUGGACCUGAUGCUAUCAAGUCAUUUAUUGAAGCUUUAGAUACUACUAAAACCAUUAUUUGGAAUGGACCAAUGGGGGUUUUCGAGUUUGACAAAUUUGCCACGGGAACAGAGGCUAUUGCAAAAAAAUUGGCAGAGCUUAGUGGCAAUGGAGUGACAACGAUCAUUGGAGGUGGUGACUAUGUAGCUGCUAUGGAAAAGGCAGGGUUUGCUGAUAAGAUGAGCCAUAUCUCAACAGGUGGAGAAGGGAGAAGAAGAAAAGAAAUAGAAGAGGAUGAGAGACAGACGAGGAAAAAGGGGGAAAUGGCGGUGACAACUUGUAGUACUGAUGGAGAGCAAAAAGUCUUAGCAGCUGCCCAACACAUCCUCAAGAGCCUUAACUCUUCAGCAAACAUUAACACAGAUGAUAUGAUUCUUCUUUUUUCGUCAAUCGACGCCCGUUUUGCUAAUCUGUCUAACAUCAUGCAGACAUCGUCAGCUUCUGCCGCAGCUGCAGCUGCGUCGCCCUCUUCAACUUCCUCUCCUUCUGUCGUGGCUGGCGGCAGCGGUGGUGCUGGUGGGUGGGAUGACAACAUGUCGUCUUUUUCCCCCAACAGUCAAGCCGAUUUGCAAUUGGAGGCCGCUGAGGAGCUGAUCCACCGGUGGGACUCAAAUAGCGAUGAGUUUGUCAUUGAUGAUUAUUUUCAGGCUGUUGAUUAUGUUAUACAGUUGAUGGAGGACUUGGCUUUGGAAAGUGUGGAAUUGGAGCGGGUGGAGAAUGCUCUGCAGUUGGCUAUGUCAAGGUUGGAAGAGGAGUUUCGUCACACCCUAAUCCAGAACACGGUUCCUCUGGAUGUUGAGAGGAUCGAUGAGUUCUUGGUUCGCCUCACUUCUGACUCCUCCUCCACUCCUGCAGAUGGAGUUACACAGAUUCCUGAUUUGGAGUCUAGCAGCAGUGGGGUUUGCAGUUUUGCUGAUCAUGGCGAUAAUGAUGGAGAUGGCAAUGACAAUGAGGGUGAUGGCGACGGCAUUGUCUAUUGCAGAUAUAAUCGCCAUGUGGCCAAGGGGAGUGUGGGGAGUGAUGAAUUAUUUCAUGAUUUGGUAAACCCUGAUGCUAUUUUAGAUCUCAAAGGAAUUGCUGACCGAAUGAUACGUGCAGGAUAUGAGAAGGAGUGUUGUCAGGUGUAUUCGAGCGUCCGUCGUGAUGUCUUGGAUGAGUGUAUGUCAAUUUUAGGGGUUGAGAAGCUUAGUAUCGAGGAUGUUCAGAGGAUAGAGUGGAAGUCUUUGGAUGAGAAAAUGAAAAAAUGGAUUCACGCGCUGAAAAUUGUGGUCAGGAUAUUGUUAACCGCUGAAAAGUGCCUCUGCGAGGAGAUUUUUUCUGGUUUGGAUGUUAUUGAAGAUGUUUGCUUUAUUGAGGCCACCAAGGGAUGUGUGAUGCAGCUAUUAAAUUUCGGGGAAGCAGUGGCUAUUGGUAGAAGGUCAUCAGAGAAGUUGUUCAGAAUUCUUGAUAUGUAUGAUGCACUUAAAGAUGUUUUGCCUGAUUUGAAGAAGCUUUGCAGUGAUAAAGAAGCAGGUGACAUGGUAUACAGUGAGGCUCAGGGAGUUGUGGAUGGGUUGGGUGAGGCAGCCAUUGGGACUUUUGUUGAAUUUCAGAAUGCUGUUCAGAAUGAGAGCUCGAGGAGGCCAAUUCAAAAUGGUGAGAUUCACCCCUUGACGCGUUAUGUAAUGAAUUAUGUGAAGUUGCUCGUUGAUUACAGUGAUACACUUAAUGCAUUAUUGGAAGCUGAAUGUGAGGAUGCAAAAGAAGCAGAAGCCAAGGACGCAAAGGUGGUUAAUGAUGGUGAAAAGCUGGAGGCCAAAAACAUGAGUCCAAUAGGACUGCGUUUGCUGUCUUUGAUCUUGUCCUUGGAAUUGAACCUUGACGAGAAGUCAAGCAUGUAUGAGGAGGAAGGGCUGAAAUUUGUGUUUCUGAUGAAUAAUAUACUUUACAUUGUUCAGAAGGUUAAAGAUUCGGAUCUUGCAAAAUAUUUGGGUGAUGAUUGGAUCCGGAAACGUCGUGGUCAGAUUAGAAAGCAUGCAACAAGUUAUCUUAGAGCAUCAUGGAGCAAGGUGUUGUCUUGUUUGAAGGACGAAGGGAUUGGAGGGAGCUCAAGUAAUGCGUCGAAGGUGCUUUUGAAGGAGAGGUUUAAGAAUUUCAAUGCUUGUUUUGAAGAUAUUUAUAGGAUACAGACGGCUUGGAAGGUCCCUGACUUGCAACUUAGAGAUGAGCUUAAGAUAUCUAUUUCAGAGAAGUUGAUUCCAGCUUAUCGUUCCUUCAUGGGGAGAUUUGGGAGUCAUCUAGAGAGUGGCAAACAUGCUGGAAAGUACAUAAAGUACACGUCUGAGGAUUUGGAGAAUUACUUGUCACAUCUAUUUGAAGGAGUACCUCUGAUUCUACACCACAUGAGAAGGAAAAGCACCUAGAGAGCAGAAACGAUGACGGGUACGGAUCCUACUUUCAGCAUGGACUAGUAGUACAUUUCAUGUUUGGUAAUUUGUCCUUGAUUUUGUUAGUUUGAAUGUAAUAUAUUUAGCUUUGCUUUGUGAAAGGUAGCCACACUUUAUAACACAUCCUGUAAUAAUUCUUUGUAUGUACAAUAUAUCCUAUUUUGUGAAAUUAAUUAUGCUUCAUGCUUUCAAUGCUGCUGCUUAACUACACUACAAACUAAUUUUAUAUAAAGUUUCAAACUUGGCACAAUGAUUUAACAGGUUUGAAUUUAUUGAAAGUUUAUGUGUUAGUCUUAUGGAUGUAUUCAGUCUUCAAGGUUGUUUACAUGGAGCACUACGAUUAUUCUUUUGGACUGUUGGGUGAGGAUGAGCCAGCUUCCCACUAAGAAAAGAAAUCCCGGUUUGUAUCUAGAUUCAAGGAUUAUGAAUUUAAAAAAGAAAGUAUGAAGCUGAUAUUUUCUUUGUAUGAUCUUGCAACUUAGAGUUAUCAUUUCCUUAGAUAUUUUGGAUGAUUUGGUUAUGAACAAGGUUGGUUGCCUAAUUCUUGCAUGCACAUAAUUGUCUUCUCUUUUGGAUCAUGUCUUUCAUUGCAUUCAUCUUGAUUUGAUUCACAAAUGAACAAAGCUCUCCACGCUUCCAGGGCCACCCAAAAUGUGUGACUCCAAAUUUCAGUCUGGCCCCUCUUGUCGCGUGCUUAUCAAAAUUACUUGGUAUUCAGGAGUUAGGUUCACUGGUUGGUGCCGUUUCAAACCCAAAAAGUCCAUUUGCUGCUGGUGUGGGUGGUUCAAAGGUUUCCUCAAAGAUUGGAGGGAUUGAAUUGCUUUUGGAGCAGGUUGACAUUUUGCUUUUGGGUGGGGAAAUGAUCUUCACAUCCUACAAAGCUCAAGGUCUUUCAGUGGGAUUGUCAUUGGUAGAGGAGGACAAGUCAUAUGUUGCAACAUCACUUCUUGAGGAGGCCAAGGCCAAAGGAGUUAGCCUGUUGCUGCCUAGUGAUGAUGUUUGUUGUAGGCAAGUUUGCCCUUGAUGCCAACUGCCAGGUCUGCUUCUUAAAGCGCUGCUCCUUUGGAACUUUCUAUGUGCAUUCUGAAAAGAUUAAAAUUCUUCAAUUGCGUGCACCUUAUUAUGCUGAUUAUCUCAGAUGCUUUGGUCUUCGUGCAUUUUUGGCCCAAAUAGUGAGUCGAAAAGCUGAAAGUUUGUGUUUAUUAUCAUAAGUCGUGCCGGCAUCUGCUAUUCCAGAUGGCUGGAUGAGACGGGAUAUUGGACUGGACUCUCUCAAAAGAUUCAGUGAGGUCUUGGAGACUACAAAAACUGUAAUAUUGGAUGGAGGCCUUUGAAUUUGUCAUCAGAACCGAGGCUUGUAAGCUUGGAUAUGGAAUUUGGUUUCAUAUUUUUCAUGAAUGCGUCGGAUAAGAUUAGCCCUUGGGUUGGGGGGUUGGGGAAAGAAGGCAAGAUGGAAGCACUCUGGUUGGAUUGUCUAUUACGAGGUCAAAUGAGAUCAAGAUACUUUUGUUAUACGAAGAAUUGCUAACGGAGAAAGGCGUUGCAACUGUACUAUGUUGCAGGGUUGCGUGUUUUGCGAUUGGGCCUGCACCUUUCUUGAGGAAUACUUGACACGUAAUACCGUUAUUGUAACCUGCAUUAACUAUUAUAAUAACGUGUUUUUUCUCUC